AUGACGGAUAAUUCGGACAGAGACUGGCGAUAUCCUCACCAUUACGCUGGACAGUUGCCGAUGUUGACGAGCCAAUGGAGCCAGGAGCCAACACAUCAUAUUGGUGGCAUGGAGGGAGUCGAUUUGGGAAUGUUUCAACAUGAACCAAGUCCUUAUGCGGAAUCGUAUAGGACUACAGUCGUUUCCGAGGUCCCACCUCCAUACGAGAGCUUCUAUGCUGGACAUCAUCCUCAUACCGAUACGGAGAUGCUGACUCCAUCCACUUCCGGCUUCCCAACCGAAAUCACCGAGGGCUACUUACCAGCCCACAGUCAAGCCGGCUACUUGCAGCCACUGAUCGGCCUUGGCCACGGCUCUGUUGCUACGGAGAGCCCGCGCAGUGCACAUGAAGACAUCAGUCCGCGACAACAACUAAAGACUAUCCCGCGACAUCAGCAGUCGAGAGUACAGCGACCGACAUUGAGUAGGUCUAUCACAGCACCAGAAGCCACGGCGUGCAUUAAGCGGUCCGGGAGCGAUGAGGAUGAGGACGAUUACGUGCCUGUCGAGGAGGUCAAAGGCAGAGGCAGGAAGCGACAACGUAUCCCACAUACGGCAGUGGAGCGGCGAUAUCGAGAGAAUCUUAAUGCUCAUCUCGACAAGCUACGCCAGAGCGUGCCCUUGCUAGCAUCACGUGGCGGCAAAGGAGCAGACGCCCAAGAAGGCAUCAAGCCAAGCAAGUGCGAGAUCUUGAACGGCGCUAUCGAGCAUAUCGCGGAAUUGGGCAAAGAGAAGCGGUUGCUGAAAGAUCACAACCGCAUGCUGAAGGAGGAGAACGGAAUGCUGAAGGCGAGGUUGGAAGAGCUGCACGGCUGGAAUCAUGGGCAUAGCAAUACACUUGGUAGCGCUUUCGGCGCUUGA